AUGAGUUAUCUAUGCCGAUCUAACUGUGUGAGCAAAGAAACUAAAAUUUUUUUAAUCCGUUUCUCUUUAUUCUUGGGUUUUCUCUACGGCGGCGCUUUCCUGUUCAUGAUGAUAGAAGAAGAACCGACGAAAGAACAGAUCGAGAAAAAUAAAGCUGAAUUGGAAAUUUUAAAGAAUAUAACGAUGGAUAAAUACAAUAUGACUGAUGAUGAAUUUGGAAUACUCGUCAACAAAUUGAAGACAACAGCGUAUGCAAAUUUGCCGGAAUGGAGCUUUGAAAAUGGUACCAGUUUUACACUGCAGCUUUUGACUACAAUUGGUUAUGGAAACAUCACGCCAAGGACCGCUGCGGGACAGAUUAUUACGAUCGUAUAUGCCAUUUUUGGUAUACCUCUAACGAUUCUCACUCUUAAGUCCAUUGGCGAGGGAUACAACAGCAAGGUCAAGUGGCUUAUAACAAAGUUCGAAAACUGCCUCUGUAGAAAGCAAAAUGAGAGUAAAAACCUUGAACUGAAGGUUCUAUUGGGCAACAUCUUCGUGCUAACAUCCAUUGUGUUCUCUGCAGCAGCAGCAUCACAAGCCACUAACGGCUGGAGCAUUAGGCAGGGUGUGUAUGUAUGGUUCAUCACUCUGACUACCGUGGGCUUCGGAGAUUUUGUUCCAGAAGUGAUGAUGAAAAUUCAACCUUCUGAAUGGAUUAUCCCUGGGUUGUGUUUCAUGGCUGGGGUUGUCGAUUCCAUGGUUGAAUAUUUUACCAAGGCUGAUUUCGAGCUUAACCGUAACAACAGUAAAUGCUUUUGCUGCAACAAUUCCCUUCAGUCUGCACAGGUGGAAUAUGAUGGUACUAGGAAGCACUCGUCCAAUGAUCUGGGACUCGAAGAGGCUCAUCAGCAAAGAUGGGAUGCAAGAUCCACCGGAGAUACAAAAUUUUAAGAACUGACUUAAAUUUGCUUAAUUCAUCGACCACUUAGCGGGUGUUAUCACUGUCCAGUACAAGAAACCUGAAAUUAGAACUUCUAGUGCGUCAUCUACCGGCGUGAUUCAAAGAGGAUCAUGGAAUUCAAUAUGUAUUAUAACAUAGGUAGUAAAUUUGUGUAAUCAAAUUCAAUUGCGCGAGCGUGCUUCAUAUUCCUAUUGUGCACGCUCAUGACGUCAGCAGACAAAUCCCUCGAGAAAAAUAAAUUUUCC